AUGAAGGUUGAGGACCACGACCACCACCCUAGCGGCAAAUGACAGAAGUUGCAACCCAACUUGCAAAAAGAGAAACGCGAUUCAUCAUGGAUGGUGUUUACGUUGCAUGUUUAGGUUAUGUUGUUUCAUCGUGAUUUUAUUAGUUGUUCUUAAUGACAUUUCAUUGAUAGUAUGUUUGCUUGUAUGUAUAGUUGAAUAUAUUAAUGUUCGAUAUUUUAUUGUAAUACAAUGUACGUUUGCUUUUUGUGUUUGAUGUAAUUUCUGCCGAAAUGGACGUGAUCGUUAGGAUGAAGAAUAUUUGAAGUAAAAAAAGAUAUGAUCAGGAAAGACAACCUCAUCUUUCGAUAAUGAAUCCCGCUCAGUAAGCAUGUUGUACGGUCCCUUAUCCUAAAAGAUUACCAUAACCUCGUGACAUGACACAUCCGUGAAUAUUAAUGCCACAAUGAUUUUACAAGUAUCUCUUGUAAGCACCCGUGUGUUAGGGCAAUGUUGCCUCUACGGUAAUUACAUUCGAUUUCAACCUCGGUACAUCCAGAACUUUAGGAAACAUACUACAUUAUCUCUUCAUUCUAAACAUAUAAACUCUAUGAUCUCCUCAUCUAAACCAAGAAUCAGUCUUAUAAGUUGGUGCAGAAGAUUUGGCAUUAAAAGUGGGAAGCCAAAUAGCUCAAAAGCUGUUACUUUAAAAAAGUCUGAACUACAAAGACUGCUGCACUUAGCUAAGCCAGAGAAAUGGACUCUUGUAGGUGCUUUGGGAUUUCUUGUUGUGUCCAGUGCAGUGACUAUGGCUGUGCCAUUUUGUGUUGGACGGCUCAUCGAUAUAAUUUAUGCACCCGGAAAUGAGCAUACAGAAGCAAAACAGCGGUUGCAUCAGAUGUGUAUUUUGAUGGCGGGAGUGUUUUUGGUGGGAGCAAUCUGCAAUGGUGGCCGUGUGUACCUCAUUAAUAUGGCUGGUCAGCGCAUCACUAGAACACUUCGAGCAAGUACUUAUGCGGCCCUUCUCAGACAAGAAGUGGGUUUCUUCGAAGCCCGAGCACGCACAGGAGAACUUGCAACGCGACUGGCUGCAGAUACAGCAUUGGUUGGUUCAGCCCUCACGCAAAACCUCUCGGAUGGAUUGCGAUCAGGAGUGAUGGUAUGCGCCGGGGUCUCCAUGAUGGACUCUCUGGCACAAGCCACGCAAGUGGCAGAGGAGCGCUUGGGCAGCAUGCGCACAGUUCGCGCCUUGGGCGCUGAGGCCCAAGAAGAACGUCGCUUCUCCUCUGCUGUGGACAAAGUGCUGCAGCUGGCUUCCAAGGAGGCCAUGGCCAAGUCCAUCUUCUUUGCCAUGACAGGACUGAGUGGGAACGCGAUCAUCCUGUCAGUGUUGUAUUACGGAGGAAGCCUUGUUGGAUCUGAAGAGAUCACGGUUGGGGCGCUCUCAGCCUUUCUUCUGUAUGCUGCGUACGUGGGCAUUUCUCUGGGUGGUCUGAGUUCCUUUUACACGGAGUUGAAUCGUGGUCUAGGUGCAGGCACUCGACUAUGGGAAUUGUUGGACAGAAAGCCUGCCAUUCCAUUGCAAGGUGGUGUGUGGCCUCAAGUGCCACCUGCUGGUGAUGUGGUGUUUGAAAAAGUGAGUUUUGUGUACCCGUCUCGGCCGUUUGCUCCUAUUUUGCGGGAGUUGAGCCUGCACCUGCCAGCUGGGUGUGUCACCGCCGUGGUUGGCGGCUCCGGCUCAGGGAAAAGCACGUUGGCCGCACUGCUGCUGCGCUUUUACGACCCCACUGCGGGCACAGAGCCAGUGUUAUUCUCUGGGUCCGUGCGUGAGAACCUGCUGUAUGGAAUGCUGCAAAAUCCCCUGCUGGCAGACCUGAAGCCAGAGGCAUCGGAGGAGAAACUGCGCAAAGCUCUGGAGCAAGCACAGGCCCUGGAGUUCGUCAAGUGCCUCCCAGAUGGACUCAACACACUUGUAGGAGAGAGGGGCGCGCAGCUCUCGGGGGGGCAGCGGCAGCGACUGGCCAUCGCACGCGCUCUUCUGCAGGAGCCACGAGUGUUGAUUUUAGAUGAAGCUACUUCAGCACUGGAUGCGCACACUGAAGCCAGCUUGCAAAGCGGUCUGGGACCAUUACUUAAGGAACGCACAGUCAUGGUGAUUGCUCAUCGCUUGUCCACUAUUCGUUCUGCAGAUCAAAUAGCAGUAUUGGAUGGAGGUCGUGUGGCAGAACUAGGCAGUUACGAAGAGCUAACUGCACGACCCAAUGGUGUCUUUAGUCAACUGGUGGCUCGCCAAGCUUUCGUGUCUGCUUUUCAGUCUAUGUCAUCACCCACUCCCUCCCAGGAGCAACCGGUUCUGACAACAUAAAAGUGCCAUGGCCAAUCGCUGGACCACCAAUAGAAAAUAGAAUAUAUUUAUACACAGAAAUUUUAUAGCAUCUGUUUAUAUUUGUAAAUAAAUGUUGUUGCGUGAGUAUUUAAAUGUGAGGUGCUUUCUUGGUGAAUUUCUGGGCUUCCACGCUUAAAAAUUGAGCUUCACAUUUUUAAGCUAGAUCUUAACCAGUAAAAUGUGAGACAAUUUUAUGUAAAACAUUAAGCGUCACAAAUACGAACUGCAUUGGUUGCACCCAGGGCUUUAACUGUGGUACAAUAAUCUAAGAACAAAUAAGUUAUUUGAAGUACACCAAUAAUAUUGGGAGGCAGGCAAGCAGUGAACUACGGGCUAUUCUUCAGAUGUUUUAUGUUUCACCCAGGGGGAUAUGAAGUGCUGUCACUACAAUCACUUGGUGUCAUGAAAUAGAGCUGCUAGAAUUUCUGUAUGCUCUGAUUCCGCUGGCUGCUUCAUGGCUCUCAAUGCGUUAAAAAUUGAGUUUCACAUUUUUUAAAGUUAGAUCUUAUCCAGUGGGAAGUGAGAUGAUUUUAUUGAAUUAAAAGGUAUGAAGGUUUUAAAUGGUUCGUGUUUUUGAUUAUCUGCAAGUUUUAUUUCUGUGAAACAAAACAGUAUACACCUGUUACAGGGUAUUGCUCUCACAUUUUAGUAUUACCAUGACUAUUGAUUGUCGAAAACACUUCUUUACAAUGCCAUGUAUAUUUUAUUUAAAGAAAAUUAUAUCAUUGUUAUUUAUUAAAUGAGGUGGGUUUCAAAUUCUGCCAUUUUUUAUUUUCUUUCUAUAGCAAUGCAACAUUUAUGAAUUCCUUUGAA